CACCAUUUUAACCCAUAAAACCUUUAUUUCGCCUAUCCACACUCACUCUAUCCAUCUUCCCCCAAAUCCUAUCCUCUCUCCGAUGGCCUCCAUCUCCGCCGCAGCCACCGCUGCCGCCACCUUCUCCUCCUCCUCACCCUCACCCUCUUCUUCUUCCUCACUCUUCACCCUACCAAAACCCUCCACCAAAUUACUCCUUUCCUCUACUUUUCUUUCCAAAUCCUCCACAAAUCUCUUCCUCCACACCUCCGCUUCUAACUCCUCCCCCGCCGCCCACCGCCGCCGUGCUCUCACCGUACGCGCCGCCAGAGGCAAAUUCGAGCGAACAAAACCCCAUGUCAACAUCGGAACCAUCGGCCACGUUGACCACGGCAAAACCACCUUAACCGCCGCUCUCACCAUGGCCCUCGCCUCCACCGGCGGCGGCGUCGCCAAAAAGUACGACGAAAUCGACGCCGCACCGGAAGAACGCGCGCGUGGUAUCACCAUUAACACCGCCACUGUCGAAUACGAAACGGAAAACCGCCAUUACGCCCACGUUGACUGCCCCGGUCACGCUGAUUACGUCAAAAACAUGAUCACCGGUGCUGCCCAAAUGGACGGCGCUAUCCUCGUUGUCUCCGGCGCCGACGGCCCCAUGCCACAGACAAAAGAACAUGUUUUGUUGGCGAAACAAGUAGGUGUUCCGAAUAUGGUUGUUUUUUUAAAUAAACAAGAUCAAGUUGAUGAUGAAGAGUUGUUAGAAUUAGUUGAGUUAGAAGUAAGAGAGUUAUUAUCAUCUUAUGAGUUUCCUGGUGAUGAUAUUCCGAUUAUUUCGGGUUCGGCUUUGUUAGCUUUAGAAGCCUUGACUGAGAAUCCAAAGAUUGCAAAGGGGGAGAACAAAUGGGUGGAUAAAAUCUAUGAUUUAAUGGCUGCUGUUGAUGAUUAUAUCCCAAUUCCACAAAGACAGACUGAACUGCCCUUUUUGUUAGCGAUAGAAGACGUUUUUUCGAUUACGGGUAGAGGGACGGUUGCCACGGGUCGGGUUGAAAGAGGGACGGUUAGGAUUGGAGAUAGUGUCGAGAUUGUCGGGUUGAAGGAUACACGAACUACCACUGUUACAGGGGUUGAGAUGUUUCAGAAGCUGCUUGAUGAAGCGAUGGCGGGGGAUAAUGUAGGGCUUUUGUUGAGAGGGAUUCAGAAGAUUGAUAUUCAGAGGGGUAUGGUUUUGGCUAAACCCGCGACGAUUACCCCGCACACCAAGUUUGAGGCGUUGGUUUAUGUGUUGAAGAAGGAAGAGGGCGGGAGGCAUUCGCCGUUUUUUGCAGGGUAUAGACCGCAGUUCUACAUGAGAACUACUGAUGUUACAGGGAAGGUGACAUCGAUUAUGAACGAUAAAGAUGAGGAAUCGAAGAUGGUUAUGCCUGGUGAUCGCGUGAAGAUGGUGGUUGAGCUUAUUAUGCCGGUUGCUUGUGAGCAAGGUAUGCGGUUUGCUAUUAGAGAAGGUGGGAAGACUGUCGGUGCUGGUGUUAUCCAGUCGAUUAUCGAGUGAUGUAUCUCAAAUCUGUUAUAAAGUCGUUUUGAGUUUGGAGAUUUUAUUUUUCAUAACUGUAUGCACUUAAUUUUGCAUUGUUAAGAUAUCACACAUGUUGCACCUAUUUUCUUUAAGUUAUGCUAGUCUUUUAGUUUAAUCA